UAAUGGAAUGUUAAAUAAAAACAAUAAAAUGUUUUUCUUUAUUCAUGAGUGUACAUAGUGCUUUUUUUUGUAGUCAUUUAAUUGAAAAUCCCUGUCUCAAAUGCACCAAGCAGUUCCAUAUUUAGCUUGGUGCAUUUGACGUCAAGUUUAGAGCAUCAUGCUUUCUUUUUUUUUUCGCGGUAGUGCAUGCUUUGAGUUGCUUUUAGCGUUGGUUCCGGUUUACUACAGGCUGGCAAGCAUUUUGCUCAGUCUAUUCAACAUUUAGAAAUAAGCCUCUAAAAGAAUUUGUUGUGUCUACAUUUUCUGGUAAAAUUAUGCAUACACACCGUUAUGUUGAUGUACACCUACAUCCCAAUCUGAUUAAGGAAGUCAGAAAUAAUUCAUUCUUCAAAAACGAGCUAUUGAUGACUUUUAUUCAAAUGACCUUGAAAGAGGACAAUACACAAGUGAAACUGUUUGAAUAUUCUGGUGUCUCGUAGGAUAAUACCCUUAAUCUUUGCACAAUAAACAACUCCUUAAUUUUUUGAAGUAGG